CCUAGGUCCCACCAUGAGUGCAGAGCUCAAUGUGCCCAUGGACCCCACCACCCCUGCCUGCCCUGAGCCCGGCCACAAGGGUAUGGAUUACCGAGACUGGGUCCGACGCAGCUACUUGGAACUGGUCACCUCCAACCACCAUUCAGUGCAGGCACUAUCCUGGAGGAAGUUGUACCUGAGCAGGGCUAAGCUGAAAGCCUCCAGCCGGACCUCUGCCCUCCUCUCUGGCUUUGCCAUGGUGGCCAUGGUGGAGGUGCAGCUGGAGACACAGUACCAGUACCCACAGCCCCUGCUCAUCGCCUUCAGCGCCUGCACCACGGUGCUGGUGGCCGUGCACCUCUUUGCCCUGCUCAUCAGCACAUGUAUCCUGCCCAACGUGGAGGCUGUGAGCAACAUCCACAACCUCAACUCCAUCAGCGAGUCACCGCACGAACGCAUGCAUCCCUACAUCGAGCUUGCCUGGGGCUUCUCUACUGUCCUGGGCAUCCUGCUCUUCCUGGCUGAGGUGGUACUGCUCUGCUGGAUCAAGUUCCUCCCAGUGGAUGCCAGGGGCGAGCCGGGCUCACACAGCCACACGGGCUGGCAGGCCGCACUGGUGUCCACCAUCAUCAUGGUACCUGUGGGUCUCAUCUUCGUGGUCUUCACCAUCCACUUCUACCGUUCCCUGGUGCGGCAUAAGACAGAACGCCACAACCGCGAGAUCGAGGAGCUGCACAAGCUUAAGGUGCAGCUGGACGGACACGAGAGAAGCCUGCAGGUAGUGUGAACAGCACAGCCUGCAGGGGAGUGGGGCCCCUUGGGCGGUGCCAGCCACCACACAGCUGGUUGGAGUAGCCAAGGGGCUGCCAGACAAACUCUGGCUGCAUGAGAACGCCAUGGCAUCACAAGAGCCACAUCGGGGAUUGCUAAGCAGACGCUCAGAUGCUGCCCUGAUAACUCCACACUCCUGUCCUCGCAUGAAUAAGGGUCUAAGGAAUGAGAAUGCCAACUGUUCCAUCAGAGGCCAGAGGAAGAAACAUGGUCACAGUUGUACGGCCCUAGGGACUACAACUAGGGACUUCCUGGGUCCCAGCAUACCAGAGUUCACGGUAGAUCUCAGAUUGGCAAGGCCUGUUGGGGUGUUGGAGCUCAGUUGGUGGAGUGCUUGCCCAGGGUGUUGAAAGGCCUAGCACUACCUAAGCCAGGGGUGGUCAUCCCAGUUUCAUCCCAGGACUAGGGAGGUGGAGGAAGGAGGACCAAGAGUCCAAAGUUGUCUGUCCUUUGCUACAUGGUGAGUUUGAGGCUACGUGAGACACCAUCAAACACAAGCACAUGUGUGCACGCUAGCACGGGCAUCCACCCACCCACCCACACAAUAGGCUGUUGGAAAGUGCAUAGGUGGACCCAGGGUAGCAUGGCUUGUGAUAACAGGGAUGUGGUGACCAGUGUACAGCUCAGCUUGGUGCUUCACUCUUGGGGACCAUCACUGGGUGUUCAGGAUCCCAGGGCACAAGCAGCUCAACAAGGGUAACAGAUACUGUUUUUAGAACCAGAGUUUCCUGGUCUUAGAGAGAUGAGCAAGUGUGGGAAGCCUGGCAGGACUAAGGAGAAAUGUCUUAGAGCCCAGCACCAUAGGCAGACUGAGGUUAGAGAUGGUGACACCCACAUACCACUGGCAGCAGAUUCCACAUGCAGAGAUGUCGACCUCUUAGCCACAAGAAGAGCCUGAGCCAGCCCCCUCGCCCCCACCCCCACUCUUGUGGACUGUGUCAGCACAGGCAGGGACACCAUCUCAGAGACCAGCCAGCUCAGCCACUACCCCCCAUUCCCUCACUGCCUGUGGUCCUCAGAUGUUGAGAGGAUAAACUAGAGGGACUUCCUGUUUCAGCAGCGCGGUUAGCCUGGCCUGUGGGGGGGGCAGGGGCCUACCCCAGCCUAAUACAGGAAGCUAUUCCCUGUGAUGAGCCUGAUCAACUGCCAAGGCCAGGACUUUCAACGCAGGUCCCUGCCCCGUGUUUACACAGCUUUGCAUGAGUUUGGCAUGGCCACUGUGGGCAUCUGGCCACCCAGCUGGUGUUGUCACCCAUACCCUGAGGUACAGCGCUAACUUGCGUGGGAGCUGCUGGGACACAGUGCUUACCUAUUUCUGCAAUAUUACCCAAAUGAUUGCUGGGUUCCCAUGAGCACCACUUCUGUUUCUUACAAAUUUUUUUUUUUUGGAGUCUGGAUUUGGUGCCAUGGGAUCCUGGAGUUCCACCCCACCGCUGCUGCCACCAACGGCCCUCUGCCCCUGUGAAGUCUCUGGAAAUGGGACACAACCGAGUACAACCUUCAACACUCAGAGGGCCCUGGGGAGCCUUGUGGACAGUCUUCCUUGUAAACUGUGACAUCUGUGGGGAGCCAGGUCACAGUGUCCCGUGAACCCAGGAAAACGCCCUCUGUCUUUCAAAGGGUGUGUCUCUUAAGCACCUCCUCACACCCCUGCAGACAUCUGUCUUGAGACCCCUUGAGUCUCAGACCUGUAUGCUUUCCUAGGGUCUUUUGAGAAGGUCAGCCCAGCACCUGGGGAGGCAGAGGCAGAGGCAGGUGGAUCUCUGUGUGUUCAAGGCCAGCCUGGUCUAUAAAGUGAGUCCAGGACAGCCAAGGCUACACAGAGAAACCCUGUCUUGAAAAAAAAAAUAAAAACAAAAACACAAUGCUAGAAUCAUGGGUGGACAAGAUGGCUCAGU